CUCAAAUUAAAUACAAGCAAAGGGACGCAUUUCCUGUGCAGUAGUUCUUCGAAAGAAAAAUGUUUUCUCUCCUUUAGAUUCUUUCUCCCUCUCUGAAAUCCGAACAGCCAUGAUUUCUCUGCAACUGGUGACCAGUAACCCUAACCGAUCUUCUCUCCACACAUCCUCUCCCUACCUCUUGAACAGAAAAUCCCUAAAAUCCAUAAAGCCCAGUUGCAGGAAUAAGCCCAACACGACAGUUAAGUCAGUCCUUCAGUGGAAUCGAAAACCCCAGUUAGCCGGCGAGACUCCCCGUGUUGUCGUCAUAACCUCCGGUAAAGGUGGCGUUGGAAAAACUACCACUACCGCCAAUGUAGGUCUUUCCCUCGCUCGUCUCGGCUUCUCCGUUGUCGCCAUUGACGCAGAUGUUGGCCUCCGCAAUCUUGACCUCCUCCUCGGCCUUGAAAACCGUGUCAAUUAUACUGCUGUUGAGGUUCUCAAUGGCGAUUGCCGCCUCGACCAGGCUUUAGUCCGCGACAAGCGGUGGUCCAACUUCGAGCUUCUCUGUAUAUCCAAGCCUCGGUCAAAGCUUCCACUUGGAUUUGGCGGAAAAGCCCUAAUUUGGGUCGUCGAUGCCUUGAAAUCCCGCUCCGAAGGUUGCCCGGAUUUCAUUCUUAUUGACUGUCCUGCAGGUAUCGAUGCUGGGUUCAUUACAGCUAUUACUCCGGCGAAUGAGGCAGUUCUCGUUACAACACCCGACAUUACUAGCCUGAGGGACGCUGACCGGGUCACAGGCUUGCUCGAAUGUGACGGAAUCAAAGAUAUAAAGAUGAUUGUGAACCGAGUACGAAUGGAUUUGAUAAGAGGGGAGGAUAUGAUGUCGGUCCUCGAUGUUCAGGAAAUGUUGGGGUUGGCGCUGUUGGGGGUGAUUCCAGAGGAUUCAGAAGUGAUUCGGAGUACAAAUCGAGGGUACCCACUUGUGUUGAACAAACCGCCAACGUUGGCUGGGCUGGCAUUUGAACAGGCAGCUUGGAGGCUUGUUGAGCAGGAUAGCAUGAAUGCCGUAAUGGUUGAAGAGGAACCAAAGAAGCGCGGAUUUUUCUCCUUCUUUGGAGGGUAGGAAGUGGGCUUUAAUACGGUUUGUGAACAAGUUCUUUAGCUCAUUGAAUGGUGGACCCGGUUAUUUGGGAUGAGGUGUUGUCAUGGUGCAAGUAAUUCACUUUGGUUCUGGGAGCAGCUACUUGUUCAAAGACUGUGGGAAGUCAGAGGCUGUGUACAGAGAAUAGGUAAUGAAAUACGGUGGUUGAUGUAGAAGAAUGAGGAGUGUAACAAAGAAGAUAUUUCGAAUGCAAGAUUGGGAGAGGCUGUUCGAAUGGUGUGGGCAUGGAUUUGCAUUGACUGAAGCCGGUCUCCACAAAGGCACAAAUAAUCUUGAAAAUUAAUUGCUGGUUUCUUGAAUGCAAGGUUCAAAAUAUCAAUACAUAGGGUGAUACGCCAGUAGGGCGUAUUGAACUGUAUUAGUACUGUUUUUAUGUGUUUUUUUUCUUAUAUUUUUCCUCGAAACUGGUUCAGAGGGGCCAGUUUAAGGCUGGUCUAUCCUCUGAACCACUCGCUGACCCGAAACACCCCCUGUAAGGGUAUAUCGGGAAGGCUCCGAUACGAUAUGUAUCGGCCGAUGUAGACUGAUAGGUGACAAAAUUUUGAUCCUUCCUUGAAUGCUCUCCAUUUGUUACUA